GCAGUUUAGCUAGCUAGCUAAACUGUCGUUGAAUUAUUGAUGCUAAAUCGGGAUUUGCUUUGCAAAUGUGUUUAGCUAGCUAGCUCACUAUAGAGUCAGCCUUGGCGUAUGUUAUUUAAAAGUAGACAGAUCACUGACUUUUCAAAUCAAUAUCGCUAGUUAAUGCUAAACUGCUAGUGUGAGAUUACCUACAGGGUAACAUAGCCAGCUUGUAAGUAAUACAAGCUAGCUAACGCGUAAUAUUUCUAACGGGUUGUUAGCCAGUGGCAGCUAACUAGCGAUACAAUUUAGACUAAUGUAUUAUUGACUAACGUUAUAAUUGGUAAUUAUUAGACUUAAAUAGGGUAGAUCGAGGAUGUGAUUAUGAUUUUUUGAUAGCGGUACAGGUAGGCCUAAGAGUUUCCCGUUUGUCCGGUACAACUGCAGUCCUUCCGUGGGGUGAUGAAAUUCAUACUUUUAAUAAACACGUCCAGUCAUCAAUACUCAACUCUGCGUCGAUAUAAGAGAACAGAGUUGAGCGUUCCUCAGCUGCUUAAAUUCCUGACUUGGAAGACGCAACACGUCUUCUAGGCUUCCACGUCUAGUUUCAGGGAGUUCGUUUGAAUUGAGAAAAUACUCUAUUAUUAAAUAUGUUGCUCCAUUUCGUAGUCCAACAAUGUGUACGCAGCCAUCUUUUCUAUGUCAAAUCUGAUCGUUGAUCGAGACAGGUUAGUGUCAUGACAUGCAGCACUUUGGGGUGGGACACCCACCUGUCUCAAUCGAUGACAAAAGAUUUUAAAUAGACAAGAUGGUGGCGUAUGCAUUGUUGGAUUACUUCAUGGAGAAAAACAAUUAUUUUAUUUAAUAACCAAGCAUUUUCUAAAUUCAAACAAACCCCCUGUUACUAGACAUGGAAAUAUAGAAGAUGUGUUGUCUUCCAAGUUGGGAAUUGAAGUAUCGCCACAGAAAGCUGGCCCCACCAAUUCCUACCAUCAUGCCUGCUCUACUAGAGAGGCCCAAACUGUCCAAUUCCAUGGCACGCGCCCUGCACAAACACAUCAUGCGAGAGCGAGACCGCAAGAGACAAGAGGAGGAAGAAGUAGACAAAAUGAUGGAGCAGAAGCAGAAGGAGGAGGAGGAAAGGAAGAGAAAGAAAGAGGUGGAAGAGAGAAUGUCUUUAGAUGAGACGAAAGAGCAGAUCAUGAAGAUGGGGGAGAAGCUACAGGGGCUACAAGAAGAGAAACACCAGCUCUUCCUCCAGUUGAAGAAAGUGCUCCAUGAGGAGGAGAAGAGACGGAGGAAAGAACAGAGUGACAUGACAACCCUGACAUCUGCUACGUACCAGCCCAGCAUGGCUAUCCACUCAGGACAACAUCUGCUCAGCAUGCAAGCAGGUCAAGUGAGUCAUGGCCGCUCUGCUGCUCUGCUUGGAGAACGCAGUAAACAGCUCUUCCAGUCCCCUGUCCUUCCUGGGCGUCACUACCAGAGCCAGCCAGGGAUGAGCUCCGUGGGCUCCGAGCAUGGGCAGUAUUCAGCCAGCCAGGCAGCCCAUGGCCCCUACGGCCAGCUCACCCAGGCACAGCACUCCUCUCCCUUCGCCACCAGCCAGCAUGUCCCUGUCAGCUACGCCAGCAGCUCGCAGCUCAGAGGUGCCUCAGCGUUCCAGGCCAUGCAGUACCUGCCUCACCAGCAGCAGGGCUACGCUGUACACAGCCACUUUACCUCUCAGCCAGGAUUAAUCCCCAGUGCUGGGAUCCCUCUACAGAAGCAGCUUGAACAUGCUAAUCAACAAUCUGGUUUCACUGACUCUAGUACUCUACGGCCCAUGCACUCUCAGACACUUCAUGCCUGUGCUGCAGGCCUGCUGCCUACCCCCUCCCUCGCUGUGCAGAUCCCCGCUGCCAAGUCUGGCUUACCGUAUGCCCAUCCCCCCCGUCCAGCCUCUCCGGGAAGCUUUACCCAUGGAACACCUCCACAGCAGGCUCACCCAACAACGUUUCAGAGCUCUCCUCAACCUACCCCUCGGCAUGCCUACCUCUCCCACAGCCAAUCGGGACAGAGGUUCUACCACAACAAGUAAACUAGCCACACCCACCACCAGCAAUUACUGAAGGGCAUCAUUCUCCACACAGUUUGUCUUCAACUGCUGACAUAGUACAUCAAUGUAGUUUCUUCUGCCAAAAGACUGUACUGUCAGUAUAUAUAAGCAUGUUUUUUCCCCCUGUAUCAGUAUUUCAGUAGAAUCAAUCAUGACAACACAUGAGAGAAUUUGUAUAUUCAGAACAAUGGUGCUGUUUACAUUGUUGAUGUAUUACCAAAUUAAACCAAUCUUAAAAGCUC